AUGAAGACUUCGAAACAAACACUACCUCCACCUCCACCAUCGACAACAACAACUCCCACUAAUGGAGCAAUAACUCAUAAUCAUCACCAUCCAAUACCUUUAUAUAAUAAUCCAGUUUCACCAAAUGUUAAACGAAUGAACAAUAAAGAAUUACGAAUCCACGUUCCAGCAUCAUCUACAACAGUACCUUCUCUGGAUAACGAAAUACCUUCGCUUCAUAACCAUCACCAUCGAAUAGCACAAGCAUUAGGAGAACCAGUUCGAUUUGCAAAAACAACAACCAUAAGUCCAUCGUCAAUAAAUUUUGAUAGAAUAUCGCAUCUACCUACUCCCGUUGUCAAUAGUGGAUCAUUUUUCAAUUAUAGUCAUGCAAAUGAAUCCAGUCUUUUGCGAGAUUCUGCUAGAUUAGCCAUAUCUUCAAGAGAUAAUGACCUUGAGGACGAAGAACCAUCAUCGGCAUCGCCAUUAUCGUCGCCAAAUAGAAAUAUUUUGCAUUCAAAGCUGCCACCACCACGUGCAUCAGCAGCAUCUCCCACGCAUAGGGUUAUAUCUGAUUAUAGACCCUUAGGAAGAAACAAUAGUUUAUUAGAGAAGAGUAAUAUCUCGAGAGUUAAUCAUAGAAGACAUAUUUCCAACCCAAUUAGUUUUCAAGAAAGUGCCUCUAUCCCAAGUACGUCUUCAAGCACGGCUACUACUACCACUAACGUAACCAACCCCAGUACAGUUGUUAUAAACACAGAUGGCGGAGUUGAAUCACCAAUCACACCUUCUGGAUCACCCAUUAGUCCAUCAUCAUCCAAGUAUUUCCAGAGACGGUUUUAUUCACCAAGAUUAAAUCGUACAUUUGAUUUUGUUCGUGAAAUUGGAACCGGGAAUUUUAGUACUGUUGUUCUUGGAAGAUUGAAAGAAAUUGUCCUUGAUGAUGACUAUGAAGAAGGUGAAGGUGAAGUCGAGGCUGCUAUAAAGAUAAUCACAGUACCUGUUGAAUCACGAACCCAAAUUUUUAAUUUCAAAGCAUUUAUUCGACGUGAAUUGAAUUUAUUAUGUCAUAUUUCAUAUCACCCUUGUAUCACUUCGUUGAUUGAUUAUUCCAUAACCAUGAAUAUAUCCGAUGAAGAAAUCCAACAAGAAUUAAUUGAAGAACAUGAGGAGAAUCCGGUUAUAACUUUAGAUGACGAAGAGAUCUAUCAAGUUUCAAGAAAUAAUCAACAAUUAAUAUUUAUGAAUUAUUGCCCUGGUGGAAAUUUAUUGAAUUUCUUAUUGGAAUAUAAACAGAGCAGUCAUUUACGUAAUGUAAGUUAUUGGAUCUUAUUGAAACGAAUCAUCUGUGAAAUAAUGGUUACCAUUGCCUUUUUACAUAAAAAGGAUAUAGUUCAUCGUGAUAUCAAACUCGAAAAUAUCUUAUUAUUAUACACCCCUGAAGAAAUCGAUCAAUUAAUUGAGUAUAAUCAAUUAACGAAUACACCAUUAAUAAAUAUCAGUGAUUUUGGACUUUCCAAAAAGCUAGGCUAUAAGGAUCAAUUGUUAUCAACCAGAUGUGGAUCCCAAGAUUACAUAUCUCCAGAAAUCUUAAUGGGAUUGAAAUAUGAUGGGAAAUUAACCGAUACUUGGUCAAUUGGAGUAUUAAUCUUUUCAAUCUUGGAAAACAGGUUACCAUUCGAUUUACCACCAAUGGAUUCACCUGGUGCUGGAUGUGUUGGGAAAGUAUCACCUAGCGUUAUCAAAAGGAAAAGAUCGAGGAAUAAUGUUGCCCAUAGAAUAGCAAUGAUUGAUUGGGAUUGGUAUAGGAUUCAUCAAUAUUUAGCUGAUGAUAAUAUCCCAGCGGAAGUUAAGGUGAUUUUUGGCCAAUUGAAGUCGAUUGUUGAUGUGGUUUUAGUUAGAAAAGAUCGGAGGAUCAAUUGUGGGCAGUUGUUGGAAAGAGAGGAAUUCCAAUGGAUUAAGGAUUAUUUACCGGAUGGAAUUGUCAAUGUUCCUUAG